AUGGUAGAAACCAAUUGCUCGUUAUCUCCAAAAAAUAAAUAAAUCGUAAAAGUGAUAUUUAUGAUAGAACUAAACAUUAUAAAUAAUAAUAUUAAUUUGUUGUAAAUGCUUAUUAAUUCAACGAGUUAACGAAAACUAAAACAAAACAGCCUUUCCCAAUUUAGAAGCCCAAUAAUUAUUCCGACUAGUUAACGCAUUUCUCCAGUUACUUCUGGAUUAAAUAGUUUGAAAAACUUACAUAGUCAUAAGGGAUCUUAGAUUGAUAUCAAUAACCUAACUCGAAUAGUCAAACCUACAAAAUUAAGCGAAUCAGUGAAUAAUUUAUAAAUUUAAGUUUGGCUUGCCAAAGCUAAGGAGAAUAUAAAAGUAACAGCUGAUACUAAAUUACAAUUACCUAAAAAACAUAUUAAAUUUCCAAGUUAAUAGUUUAUGAACUUUAAAGAGAUUGUUCAUACAUCAAUUAGCCCUAAACUGAAUAGAGAAAUUUUGUUUAGCAAAAGUGCUUUUAAUUUUGAGUUCGUCAUUGGAAUAGGUGGUUUUGGAAAAGUCUGGAAAGUUCAACAUAAAAAGACAAGCUUGACAUUUGCAAUGAAGGAGAUGUCUAAGGCAUUAAUUGUUACAAAGAAAAGUGUACAUUCUGUAAUGAAUGAAAGACAAUUAUUAAGUUAGUUAAAGAAUUCUUUUAUAGUUAACAUGAACUAUGCUUAUCAAGAUAGAGAAAAUCUUUAUUUAGUAAUGGAUUACAUGAAAGGCGGAGACUUAAGAUACCACAUCGGGAAGAUGAGAAGAUUUAAUGAACAAUCCACAAAAUUUUUCAUUGCUUGUAUUUUAUUGGGAUUAGAGUACAUUCAUUCGAAUAAGAUUAUUCAUAGAGAUAUUAAACCAGAAAACUUGGUUCUUGAUGAAAAAGGCUAUGUUCAUAUCACAGAUUUUGGAAUUGCCAGAAUUGCAAAGACUGAAAAUAAUACUGACACAAGUGGAACACCAGGCUAUAUGGCUCCUGAAGUAAUGUGUAGAUAAAAUCACACCUAUGCCGUUGAUUACUUUGCCUUAGGAGUUAUUGCUUAUGAAUUCAUGCUAGGAAGAAGACCUUAUUUGGGAAGAUCUAGAUAAGAAAUUAGAGAUUAAAUCCUAGCUAAGUAGGUCUAGAUAAGGAAAAGUGAAGUACCAGACGAUUGGUCUUUGGAUGCAGUUGAUUUUAUAAAUUAGCUUUUAUAACGAAAACCUCAAAAUCGUUUAGGAUAUUCAGGUAGCCAAGAAAUCAAAGAUCAUCCUUGGUUUGCUUAAUUCCCUUGGGAUAAAUUGUAAAAUAAGACUUUAACUCCUCCUUUUAUUCCUAAUGCAACUGAAGAUAACUUUGAUCAAAAGCAAAUUAUAUUGGAAGAUGAAGAGAACAAUGAAUUGAUUUAAUCAAAUAUUGUCUUAUUAAGAGAUUAAAGCAUACAAGAUCAAUUCUAAGGAUAUGAAUUUUAUUAUCAUGCUAAUUCCUCAUCAACAGAAUAAUCAUCUGGUUCUUCUACCAAACACAGUCGCAAUCUGAGUGAAAGGAUAUAGUUUGCUGAUAAAAGGAAAAUAAUAUGA